ACUGUCAACUUUUCUUACUUUCUUUCUUGUUCAUCAAACUUUGGAAAAAAAAAACAAAAAAGAUAUCCCCUGCAAAACCCUAAUUACAAUGCGCCACCAUUAAUCAACCAAUCAAUCAAUGGCCAUUCUCAGAUCACUUAGAAAACUCGCUCAAAAAACCAUCAUCUCCAAUCCGACGUCGUUUCGAUCCCUCACCUCUUCAAAGCCGCCACCUUUAUUCCCAAAAAAUCCAAAUCACACACUCCAUGGCCCACUUUUUCUAUCUUAUCCUCCCUGGAAGCUUUUACAAUCAGCUACACCUUUACACUUCCAAUCCGACGUCGUUUCGAUUCCUAAUCCGCACCGUUUUGUUAAAGAAACUAAACUCCCCACCGUGAAUUUAGGGCUAGGGUUAAGUAAGGCUAGUUCUGUUAAUAAUAAUAAUAAAGAGGUGGAAUUUGAGAGUGUUGGGACACGUGGAUUGGUGGAUAGUUUUGUUAAUUGGCCUAAUUUUAUUUCCAUGACUAGAUUAGUUUCUGGCCCUGUUCUUGGAUGGAUGAUUAUGCAUGAUAUGUAUCUUCCUGCAUUUGUUGGACUCGCUGUGUCUGGGGCAACGGACUGGUUAGAUGGAUAUGUGGCGAGAAAAAUGGGAAUCAAUUCUGUGGUUGGUUCAUACCUUGAUCCUCUUGCCGACAAAGUUUUAAUUGGAUGUGUUGCCAUGGCUAUGGUAGAAAGGGGUCUUUUGCACUCAGGACUAGUUGCUCUUGUUGUGCUGCGGGAUCUUGCUCUAGUUGGUGGUGCUGUGUAUGUAAGGGCUAGCCAUUUAGGUUCAGAGUCAAGGAGUUGGUUAAAGUUUUUCGAUCUUGAUGGGAUCCGCCCACAGAAAGUUGAGCCUUUAAUGAUUAGUAAGGUUAACACAUGUUUGCAACUAGCCUUGGUUACAUUUGCUCUUCUGCAACCCGAUUUUGGUACCGAGGAAACCCAAUCAUACAUCACGUAUCUAAGUUGGUUAGUGGCUUUAACUACUGCAGGCUCCACUGCGGUUUAUGGUAAACAGCAUCUGAAGAACAGAUCCAUUUUCAUUCAAAAGAAAGUCUAAUCUGAACUCCUGUAAAUAGUAGUAGAGUUUUUUUUGUCAUCAAACGUUAACGAUACCGACAAAUGUCAAUCGAUAUAGGUAACAGCGUAGUUGUCAAAUUGAUGUUGUACGCGUACUAGAUUAGAUUAUGAAUGGAAAGAAUUAGAUUAAAA